CAACAGCACCGCGGCUGCGGUAGUUACAUCCUCUUGCGUCACAGCCCCCUGCAGCGCCUGGUGGACAUAUGAUGAACAAAAACAAAUCCAACAUCCAAGCGCUGAUAACUACAGGAAAGGAUAAGUUUUAUAGCAAUGGGCUAGACCUGGAGUGGCUGGGCGGUUCAGGGGCAAAAGAUCGGGAGGCAUUCAUGAGUGCAUUUAAUGUCCUGUGUGUGCGAAUCCUCACAUUCCCCAUGCCCACUAUAGCAGCUUUGAAUGGCCACGCCUUUGCCGGGGGCGCCAUGCUUGCCUUGUGCCACGACUACCGUGUGAUGAGGACGGGAAGAGGGUGGAUUUGUCUUAAUGAAAUAGACCUCAAGAUGAGAUUUACAAGAUUCAUGUUGAACCUAAUACAGUCAAAGGUGAAGUCCUCCAUCGUUGAGACGGACAUGCUGGUCAUGGGCAAACGCUUCGCAGCAGACGACGCUCUCACCGCAGGUCUAGUCACACUAAUAACAGGUCCUGAUCAACUAAUAGAGAAAUCAGCGGGGUUAGCCGAGCUAGUGAUCGGAGCUAAUGGUUAUGACAGGGGUGCUAUGAAAGACAUGAAAAGGGACGUGUACGCGCGUGUGGUAGCACUAGAGCAAAUGCUUAGAGGAAAGGACGCUGCUGCAAAACUUGAUCUCUCUGACCUUAUAUCUAAGUUGUAGGCCGCAUUUACAAUCAAAUUCGGCCAAUAGAGUCCAAGUCACGUCGUAUGGCUAUGGCUUGCACAGUGGCAUUUUUACUAGCAAAUUUGUAAUGGGGCUCUUAGGAUAAAAAAAAAUCACUUGGG